AUGGCAGCAGUGGUGGAGGCUGCUGCUCCAGUAGUGGAAGAGUCCAUUGUCAUGGAAGAGGUAGAGCCUGUUGCGGCUGCAGUGGAGGAGUUUAUUCCAGCAGUAGAGGAAUCUAUCCCAGUGACAUUAGUGGAACCAACUAUGACUACAGUGGAAGAAUCCAUUGAGAUGGCAGAGGAGGGACACAUUAUUGUUGAAGCGGAAGCUCCCAAGCCAGAGGAGACCUUACCCAUUACAUUACAUUACAUUACAUUUAAGUCAUUUAGCAGACGCUCUUAUCCAGAGCGACUUACCCCUCUCUUACCCCCAGUCACAGACCUAUCCCCAGCACCACUCAUAGACCCAACCCCAGCACCACUCAUAGACCCAACCCCAGCACCACUCAUAGACCUAUCCCCAGCACCACUCAUAGACCUAACCCCAGCACCACUCAUAGACCUAUCCCCAGCACCACUCAGACCUAUCCCCACCACCACUCAUAGACCUAUCCCCAGCACCACUCAAAGACCUAUCCCCAGUACCACUCAUAGACCUAUCCCCAGUACCACUCAUAGACCUAUCCCCAGCACCACUCAUAGACCUAGCCCCAGCACAACUCAUAGACCUAGCCCCAGCACCACUCAUAGACCUAGCCCCAGUACCACUCAUAGACCUUGCCCCAGCACCACUCAUAGACCUAUCCCCAGCACCACUCAUAGACCUAGCCCCAGCACCACUCAUAGACCUAGCCCCAGCACCACUCAUAGACCUAUCCCCAGCACCACUCAUAGACCUAUCCCCAGCACCACUCAUAGACCUAGCCCCAGCACCACUCAUAGACCUAGCCCCAGCACCACUCAUAGACCUAGCCCCAGCACCACUCAUAGACCUAGCCCCAGCACCACUCAUAGACCUAGCCCCAGCACCACUCAUAGACCUAGCCCCAGCACCACUCAUAGACCUAGCCCCAGCACAACUCAUAGACCUAGCCCCAGCACCACUCAUAGACCUAGCCCCAGCACAACUCAUAGACCUAGCCCCAGCACCACUCAUAGACCUAGCCCCAGCACCACUCAUAGACCCCUCCCCAGCACCACUCAUAGACCUAGCCCCAGCACCACUCAUAGACCUAUCCCCAGAACCACUCAUAGACCUAUCCCCAGCACCACUCAUAGACCUAGCCCCAGCACCACUCAUAGACCUAUCCCCAGCAGUAGAGCCCCUAUCCAGGUGCUUCCACCAGAGCCAGCCCCUGCAACCAUCCUCUUAGAGGGUAACGGAGUGGAGCCAGCCCCUGCAACCGUCCUCUUAGAGGGUAACGGAGUGGAGCCAGCCCCUGCAGCCGUCCUCUUAGAGGGUAAAGGAGUGGAGCCAGUCCCUGCAGCCGUCCUCUUAGAGGGUAAAGGAGUGGAGCCAGCCCCUGCAGCCGUCCUCUUAGAGGGUAACGGAGUUACCUGCUGGGCCUGAAUGAUAAAUGGAAUGAAGAGGGCCUUGACGAUCUGGACAUCGACUUCUUAGACUGAAAGUGUUGGAGGAAUGUCCUUAAAGUGACUAAAGAACACGUGUUGUUCAUACUCCUAGUGAAACGGCGUGUGGGCGGGAGGUGGGGUUUUGACCUUUACAGUGAAACUGGUGAAAGUCGAGUGGAGUUGGUCUUUCAACUGUGAACCACAAUGCAAGGGGGUUUGUAGAACGCUUUUGGUGAGAAUGGAUGGACAGUGUCCCAUUCAUUAGGAACAAAUGCAGAAAAUGUUUUGCAACAGGAAAAAAUAUAUAUAUAUUUUUGAACAGGUACAAAUUUACUGUGUCGAAUCAAUUUGUGGUUAAAUGCUGAACGCGACUCCUGGGAGUAUUCAUUAGUCAGAUUUCAUUGCCUAACAUUUGGUCUGUUGCUAAAUGUUUUUGCAAUGGAUAACAAGUUUCUGUUGGACAAAUUCAAGUAGGUCCCUCCCCAUUUGUUUUUUUUUUUGCUUCCUAGAGUAAACUCUUUCCUUUGCAAAACAUUUAGCAACAGAACCCAACUAAUAAAUACACUCCGAUUUUGAAAUCCUUUGUGCAGUACCUCAUCGUCCACUCUCACAUUGACCCACAGUAUAGAAUGAAAUGUAGUGUGAACCAGAGGGGGUCAUUGGGUUGAACUGUUUACCUUAUCCAAUCACAUAGGAAGCUGGGAAUAGACUAGUUCUCUACACUACAGUACGUCUUACCCCUAGAUAGACCCUGGAAGCCUGGUUAUCUUUCAUUAGUUAGGUUAGGUCCUCUCCACAGGUGUUGAGCUUGUGUUCAGUAUACCUCUACUUGUCUGGGCACGCAUGCUGCUCUGCCAUGGUCUAGUGCCUUAGGUCUCUGCUGUUUUUAUAGGGAACCUACUUCAUUGUUAUAGAUGUGAAUCCAAGUGCCUUCUGUAUGACUGGUCUGGAAAAGGGGAUGAAAUGUUAUCACCUCAAUAAAUAUGACAAGUGUUUGUCUGAAUCAGGCCAUAGGAAUAAUUCAGAGAAUG